AUGAUCGUAGACCCUGAACCGAUUGAUGAUCUACGCUCAAUUCUGCGUCAUGCAAAACCUCCUUCUUCCCCUGCAGCUCGGCCUGUUCCUUCUUCCUCCUUGCUCAAAUUUGAAUCCCCCAAAUCCUUCCGUCGAAAACUCCUACCUGAAUUGGAGUGUAUGAUAAUCGAAGAGUUCGCUUCAUCCAGCUUGACCAACCAUCGAAAAGUGGUCUUGCUCAAUCGAACCUACUGGCAAAGAGCGAAGAGGUUCAAGGCUAUCUGCGCUUCGAUCGUAAAUUUGAAACUCAAGGACGAGAGAGGUGGUCAAGCAUUAGUAUUUUCGUUAUAUUACGCUGGACCCCCCGCUUCAAGCUUAUUGCCUAAAUUGAGAUAUCUCAUAUUAGGUGAUAGGUUCAUAUCAUGUUCGAGCUUUCUCAGAUUACCCUCUGAUAAGAAGAACGAUUGUGGAUACAAGGCUUUAUGGUUAAUUAGUAACAAUGUCAAUCCUGAACAUGUCUGA